GGGCACAGGUGGGUAGCACUGCUGGGCACAGGUGGGUGGCACUGCUGGGCACUGGUGGGUGGCACAGGUGGGUGGCACUGCUGGGCGCAGGUGGGUGGAACUGGUGGGUGGCACUGCUGGGCACAGGUGGGCAGAGCUGGUGGGUGGCACUGCUGGGCACUGGUCAUCAGGGCACUGGUCAUCAGGGCACUGAUGAUCGGUGCCGAUCCCUGCUCUGACAACUGCCGGUUCUCGGCAGUACUUUACUCACGCUUUGACAGCGAGAGGAAAGUGCAGCUGAGAACCGGCAAUUGC